UGCACCGCUCUGCUCGGUGCAUCGGGACCUUUGGCAAUGAUUUUGGCUCAAACUGUCAUCCUUCAGCAUAUGACCGUACCUUCAGCCUGCUGCAGAAAUGCCGGGAGGCCUGUACCAGGUGAAGAACACAAAGCGCCACCACAGCCUCUACAGUUUGACGGACAGCUCUGAGCUCGGCCCAGACGAUGAGGUGGACGACGCCCCGGUGCGCCUCACCCCGCUGCAGAAGCUCACCACCAACAUGUGCAAGGACGAGAAGACCAUCAAGGACCUGAUGAUAGGCCGCAGGGUGGGCUUCUACAAGGUCCGUGGGGAGAUCGGCUCGGGGACCUUCUCCAGGGUCAAACUAGCUUUCCAUGCUCUGACUAAAGACAAAGUGGCCCUGAAGAUCCUGGACAAGGCCAGGUUGGACAGUCAGGCUCAGCGUCUGCUCUCCAAGGAGAUCAGCAACAUGGAGUUCCUGCAGCACCCGAACGUGGUGUGCCUGUACGAGGUGGUGGAGACGCCGAGCCGCGUCUACCUGGCGCUGGAGUACGCAGGAGGAGGAGACCUCCACAACCGGAUCUGCAACGAAGGAAAACUCUCUGACAACACCUGCAAGAUCACCUUCGCCCAGAUCCUCUCUGCCAUCAAAUAUAUGCACAACAACAACAUCAUUCACCGAGACCUGAAGGCUGAGAACGUUCUGUUCACCAGCAGCGGCUCUGUGAAGGUGGCAGACUUUGGAUUCAGCACUCGGGUUUCAAACCGCAACCUUGCCCUUGACACCUUUUGCGGCUCGCCGCCCUACGCCGCCCCAGAGCUCUUUAAAGACGAGUGCUACCUGGGGCCCCCGGUGGACGUGUGGGCCAUGGGGGUCCUGCUUUUUUUCAUGGUUACUGGCACUAUGCCGUUCCGCGCCGAGACCAUGGGGAAGCUGCGCCGCUGCAUCAUCGAAGGCGCGUACACCCUCCCUCCCUGGGUGGCCGGCCCCUGCCAGAGGCUCAUCAAGGGCAUCUUGAAGGUAGUCCCCGCUGACCGUUACGCUGUCGACCAGAUGCUGGGCUGCGAUUGGCUCUUACCUGUGGAGUUCCCCUGGUCAUUGGUGCCAACCGAACCAACAACGACUCUGCAGAGCCUGCUGGACUCGGAGCGCAGAGACAUGGAGGAGCAGAUCGAGGAGGAGGUGAGAAGCGGCCUGGAGGAGCUCGGCUUCACCGCAGAGCACCUGCAAAACAAUCAGCUCAAAGACAGCCGCAACCCUCUCACCGGGGUUUACCGAAUCCUGCUGCAUCGAGCCCAGACAAGGAGGGGCUGCGACAGUCCCCCGGUGGUCCGUGGGAUGGUGAGAGACCCCAAAAGGGAGGGGCUCCGGGCCUACAGGGGCCUCAGACACACAUCCAAAUUAUGUGUGCUUUCGUAA